AUGUCUGAGAAGCUGAAGAAGGUGUUGGACAACGAGGCCAGACUGAAGGAGGCUCUUAUCCAGUGUGAUAAAGAGAGAGUGGUGUGGGAGAGGAGGUGUCUUCAGCUAGAGCAGGACAAGACCGAAAUGAACCAGCUGAUCGGCCAGUUGAAGGAAGAGUCGGUCAGAGCCAAGGCGAUGAGUGUAGAGAGCGCCACGUUGCGCUCUCGUCUGGAAGAGGCCUCUGUCCGGGCUAUGGAACUGAAGAGAAGACUGAGUGACAGGGAGAUAGUUGAGAAGGACAUAGAGGUGUUGAGGAAGGAGUGUAGGGACCUACGCCACCUCACCACCAGCCAGGAGCAGAAACUGGAGCACUGUCAGAGAGAAGCACAGCAGAGCCAGGCUGAACAGGCCAGCCUCGAGGCCAUCCUCAGCCUGCUGCAUCUUAGAGAGAGUGGAGGGGGAUCACUCUGUGCUAAGCCUUGUCUGCCAGCUCCAUUCUGUGAUGUCCCCAAACUCAAGCCAGGGGAGCAGUACCAGCAGCUGCUGCCUGUGUUGCAUGCUGUGGAGCAGGAGAGGGUCAGGCAGGCAGCUCUAGCCCUGGACCUGCAGGAGAGACUAGGGCAGGCCCAGGCGGAGCUGACUGCCCUACAGAACAACAUGAACCAGAGAGACCUCCAGCUACAGAAACUGCACACAGAGCUGCAGAAGAGCACAGUACAAAUUAACCAGCUGGAGAGAGAGGCAGCUCUCGUCCUGGGCCUGCAGGAGAGACUAAGGCAGGCACAGGAGGAGAUGACUACCCUACAGAACAACAUGAACCAGAGAGACCUCCAGCUUCAGAAACUACACACAGAGCUGCAGGAGAGGACAGUACAAAUUAACCAGCUGGAGAGAGAGUUAAGGAGGAAGAACGUCUGCCUGGCAACGACAGUGCAACAGUUAGAGAAGAAAGAUGCAGGACUUUCACAGGCUGUAGAGAAGACCACUGAGUUGGAGCAGAACCUGCUGGAUGCCUCCCUUCCUUUUGAUUGA